UUUUAUUUUGUUUUAAAUAAUAAUACGAAGCCGAGGUCGAGGUGUGUGGCGCGUGUUGAGAGGAAGUCAUCUUGUGUUGUUGUCAGCCGGUGUAAGGCUGUGCCCUUAAUAGUUUGUAUUAAUAAUGGCUAUUUCAGCCACUAGGAUAGCUAAGAGGUUGUCUGGAGUAUUGAGUCAAAGUUUCUCAACAAGUAGGGCUGCAACAGCAAGUCAGUUAACUGUCCGAGAUGCCCUCAACAGCGCCCUUGAUGAGGAAAUGGAGCGAGAUGAAACAGUGUUCCUGAUGGGAGAAGAGGUAGCUCAGUAUGAUGGUGCUUAUAAGAUAUCACGUGGCUUGUGGAAGAAGUAUGGUGACAAGCGAGUGAUAGACACUCCAAUCACUGAGAGUGGUUUUGCUGGUAUUGCUGUGGGAGCUGCUAUGGGUGGUUUGCGUCCAGUGUGUGAGUUCAUGACCUUCAAUUUCUCAAUGCAAGCUAUUGAUCAUGUUGUCAACUCUGCCUCCAAGACCUUCUACAUGUCUGCUGGCCUGAUUCAUGUACCAAUUGUGUUCCGUGGACCAAAUGGAGCAGCUGCUGGUGUUGGAGCUCAGCACUCCCAGUGCUUUGCAUCUUGGUAUUCUCAGUGCCCGGGGCUAAAGGUGGUAUCUCCUUAUUCAUCUGAAGAUGCAAAAGGCCUUUUGAAGGCAGCCAUUCGUGACCCUGAUCCUGUAGUUGUGUUGGAGAAUGAACUCCUGUAUGGAACAUCAUUCGAUGUUUCUGAUGAAGUUCUAUCCAAAGACUUUGUGCUUCCCUUGGGCAAGGCUGUAGUGGAACGUGAAGGUCAGCAUAUAACCUUAGUUGCACACUCCCGAGCUGUGAUGUUGGCACUAGAGGCAGCAACUGCACUUGCUGGUGAAGGUGUAGAGUGUGAGGUCAUAAAUCUUCGCUCUCUGCGACCCUUGGAUGAGGAGACUAUUGUUAAGUCUGUGAUAAAGACUCAUAACCUGGUGACAGUUGAGCAAGGAUGGCCCCAGUGUGGCAUUGGAUCAGAGAUAUGUGCUAGAGUUGUUGAAAGUCCAGCUUACCACUACCUAGAAUCUCCAGUGAUUAGGGUGACUGGAGUUGAUGUGCCUAUGCCGUAUGCUAAAAGUUUAGAAAUAGCUUGCAUUCCACAGCCUCAUGAUGUAAUCAAGGCUGUGAAAAAAGUCUUGAAAAUAAAAUAGUGCACAAAAUGAGACAUUUGUGAAUGUGUCGUUAAGAAAUAUGUACACAUGACAAGUUUUACCUAACGUGGACAAAUUUUUUUUAUGUGAAUUUUAGAUUAUUUAUACUUGUUGCAUGUUGGAAAUUUAAUUUAUUGGAUUAUGUAAACAUGUAUAACUGCAAGGAAUGCAGUAUGGUAUUGGUAUGAAGGAGUGUACAUUAAUAUUUUGGCUGUAUAUAGUAUUUGUUAUAUAUUGCAUCAUUGUUUUGAAUUAAACUGCCCUAUUUC